GUUCAACAAAGUUUGUUUUUAUUUUAAGUUUUGUGUUUUUGGUAUCUUGCUUGUGAAAAGUGAAUUUGUACGUAUUUAUUUCUGUAAUUUUUGGUGUUUUGUUUGAGAGUGAAAAUGUUUUGUACCUGGGCAUUAUUUAAUAACGACAAGGCAAUAGAGCAAGUCGUCGACAAAUUAAAACAAUUUAUUGGAAUAUGUCAGUCGAACAGUGACAUUUUGCAUUACCCAGAAUUGGCAUUUUUUAAGGAGUACAUCGAAAAUUUGGGCGGUAAAAUCCCACGAUCGAAAAUGUCCAACCCACCUACCACUGAAACCACACCUGAAUCACCUUCUGAGGAGUUGAAGGAGGAAGAAUCAGAAGAAUCUGAUUUAGAGAUUGAUAGUUCGGGAUGUGUCGAACCUGAUGAGCUAUCACCUGAUCAAAACAUGGGCGAUGCAAGUAAAGUAGAAAUAUCCGAGGAAGAAUCGGAUAAAGCCGACGAAAAACGUAGAGAAGCAAUGCAAAUAUUAUCAGAAAACGCUGAGAAAGCAAUUGGCCUAUUCACAGAGGCCAUUGUUAUUAACCCCACAAGUGCUCUAUUAUUUGCUAAAAGAGGCCAAGCGUAUUUAAAAGUAGACAAACCAAAUGCCUGCAUCAAAGACUGCUCUAGGGCUCUGGAAUUAAACCCAGACUCAGCAGCUGCCUACAAAUUUAGAGGUAGAGCUUAUAGGUUACUUGGAGAGUGGGAGAAAGCAGCCAAAGACUUCCGACAAGCUUGCAACAUUGAUUUCGAUGAACAAACUGAUGAGUGGUUGAAGGAGGUAAAUCCAAAUGCCAAGAAAAUCGAGCAACAUCUACUGAAAAUUGAACGUAAGAAGGUGGAGAAAUUACUUAAGGAGAAAAAAGCUUCCAAGUCAGCUCCUCCACCCCAACAAGCACCAAAGUUUGAGGUUCCCCCCAGUUUUGAAGGAGGUGGUCAGAAUGAUUUCUACAAACUCAUGCAAGAUCCUGAGAUUUUAUUGGCUUUCCAGGAUCCUGAGGUUGCAGCAGCUUUUCAGGACAUUUCCACAAACUUUGCAAAUUUUGUAAAGUACAAGGACAACCCAAAAGUCAUGAGCCUUAUUAAAAAACUGUCAUCAAAAUUCCCAGGAGGUCCUGGUGCAUUUGGCAACAUGGGAGCUGGUUUUCCAGGAAUGGGAGGUAUGGGUGGAAUGGCAGGCAUGGGAGGUAUGGGGGGUUCUGGAGGAGCCCCUCCUGCCGAUGAUAAUUUGGAUUGAUUGUAAAAUGGGGAACAUACAUUUUGCUAACGAAAGGCUGAGAUAUAUCUAGUUAAAGUAUAUGUUUAUAAACAUAAUGUUAUAGUCAUUUAUUGAGAAUUUUGGCAUCUACCAUAAUUGGUUAGAAAUCCACACUAAAGUCUUGUAAAAGAUUAUGCAUUUUAAUAAAAUUUUGAUUUUUAA